AUGCGAUCCCUUGUCGAAAGACCGCGACGCAUCGACAUGGAUGCUACUAGGGAUAAAGAUCCUGCAGAGAUUCCCUUACCUCCCUCACCCAUUCAAGAGGACGACACCAAAACAUGGGGCGAUUCAACAAAGUCUAGAACUGAAAAUGGAACUGACCUGACAACCGAAAUGAGCGAGGUUGACAGGGACACAGCAUUUUGGAAACAAGUUGAAGAUAGGUUCCACGGCUCGUGGGCCAAGAAAGACAAAUCAGCUUGCUUCAAAGGGUUGAUUCUCUUCGAUAUUAAGACUGUUCCUCGCGAGACGCCUUCCGGCAUGUCAAGCAUCCUCGGGACAACUAGCAGUAGCAGCAGUGAUUUUGAGCUCCUCGAACGGCUAAAGGUCUUCCCAUUACAUUUCCACGGUGCUCGUCGCGCCUGCAAUAUUGGAGAGGGCGGCGAGGGGUCGCUGAAACUGUGCAACCAAGACGAGUGUCAAACCUGCGCGGUAUUCAAGGACCAGUGCACAGCUAGGGAAGCCGGUGCGAGAUUUGGAUUGGACCGCAGGCUUAACACCACUUCCAACUCAUCCCAAGCCGAUACCUUCGCAAUCAAUCAUCAUGUCCGGUCGAAAUUGCAUGCCAUGAUUGUCUGUGCGUGUCCAAGCAUUGUGAGUUAUUUCGAUCAAGGGGUGCCACGGGCAUACUAA